AUGAACUCAAUCGAAGCUUUAGAAGCAGAGAAGAAAUCCCUCGCCGGCCGCGUCUGGACCGCGCGCUGGAAGAUCAAGGACGCGGCAGAGAAGUAUACCGCACUCGACUUCAACGUGAAGCGCAACAUUCACCUUCAAGGCUGUAAGGCGCGUUUCCUCCUAGCUGGCCUUCUGCAGCACUGUCCGGCGAAAGACAAGUUCCGAAAAGUUCACCCGCACGAUCGCGAUCACAACGCCGGCGGCCCAACAGAGCUAUGCCCAAUCAUCGACAUCUUCGAUGAUAUCCGCCAGGCUCAGAAGGAUUGCGACGAGUGGGUCUUGCCAAUCGCUCAGAUUCGUACCAGUGUCACCAAGGCAGAGAAGGUCGUGUGGGUCGUUUUGAUCCUGCUUGAGGCCGUGCAGCGCGGAGGAGACGAGACUCCUCCUCUUACCGUCGGCAGCGAAACUGUUGAGCAGUUCUGCGUGCGAUUGCAUUCGCACCACGUGAUGGUUUCCAGCAUGACCGAGGGCUACGAUGGGCGAUGGGCGCAAGUCCCAACAAACGAUGGCGAGCUUUCCACACAGCAGAUCAUCGACAACUGGAACGGUGUCUGCCGCCUACUCAUCGUGGAACAUUUCACCCUGGAGAAAGCUCUGCAUCAGGUCCGCAUGGCCACUCGCGAAAUGGAGUACCAAGAACUGGCUUGGUGGGAACAGACGCGCAUGUGGUUUGAGUGGGAGCCUAAAUUGGGUGCGUGA